AUGGGCGGCUACAUUGGCUAUAACCUCAUGUACAACCAGCAGGCGAGCAUGUCGCAAGCUCUGUGGAGCAGAGAGGACGAGAAUGCAGCGCCUGUGUCAACGCCUGUGCGGCCACGCGUGGCGCUCGUGAACAUGGCGGAUAACUUACGCUCGUGUGCCAUGGCAGGCCUGCGGGCGUGGCUGGAUGUGGCAGAUGAAGUGGAGGUUGAGUUCCCCACUGUGACCUUUGUAGAAGAUGAAGAAGCCGGCGCGAUUACUGGGCUCGCCGCAGAGGUGCGAAGGGCUGCUCUGUUUGCGUGGGUAGAGCUGAAGGAGCGUAAAGAGAUGGAUGCACCCGUUGACUUGAAACCGUUGUGCUGCGUCGUGUUUCGUAGCAUAACUGAGGUGGAUGGGCAAGCUCUCGAUGCAUGGGAUGUACAGGAAGUGGAGUUGCGUCGAUGGCACGGGAAGCGGUUUGUAACGCGUCACUGCGUGGGUGCCUCAGUGGAUGGCAAGCAUGCGAUGGUGCUCAUGCACGACGUUGAGGGAGUUAUUGACGUGGGGCCGGCAGCGGCUCUCGCUGGUGGUCGCGUGAGUGAUUGCGGCACUCUCGUGCGCCAGUAUGGUGCACCAAGCGCAGCGAGUUUUCGUCGAUGGAGGCUGAGCGCUGAAGCGCCGUCAUCGUCUACCCCAGUCCAGCCGCCCGCAACGUCGCUCCUGGGACUUGGAGUAGGCCUGCGAGACGGCAAGCGUUGCCAACUUUGGCAAAGCCCAUUGCACAUUUUCGCAGCUCUUGGCUCAGUGCUGCGCUACAACCGCACCGAUGCCGCCGUCUAUCCCAAUCACGUUACUACACCAGUGCUUGUGUCGCAGAGUGCGAGUGCUGUGAGCGCCUCUUUGUGGGGCUGCAUGAAAGAGUUGGCACUUCGAUGCACUUCACCGUUGCUGCAUUGGUACAUGGCACGGCAAAGCGAGCGCAUGGAACGUCAGCGACAGCUCUCUUCCACUUUUGUUGUCGUGGUAAGCCUCGCCGAGGAAAGCGCGGCCGUGACAUCAGACGUGCUACGUGUUGUCGAGGAGUACGUGGCCGAGUGGAUGCGCGACAUGAACGGGGCUUCACCAAUGAAGACAUCGUUGCCGACCUCGAAUCGAGUUUGCGCACGAGACGCGGCGGCAGGAACCGAGAAGCUCUUGGUGGCGCCGAUGAUGCAGGUUGACUUGACCGACAUCAUCUGCAGUGUCAUUGCGGCUGAGUGGCUUUUGAUCCGACUCAUCAGCCUUGUCGCGGCUUUGGGACUUGAGCCUGCACUCGCCCAGCUUGUCGCUGUGCCUGGGCCGCAGGCGAGCACCUCACUCCUAUACCCGACACCGAACACCGCACACCUACGCCACCUGUGGCUGCCACGAUCGGCAUUAGCCUCUUCAUCGACGAGCACUGAUAAGGAUGCCACGUCGCUUCGCAUGACGAGGACUGGGCGCACCACGCAAGGAGGCCACUUCGUGGGGUGCGCUGCGACUACGCCGAUCGAGGCUGGAUUCGUGGUGAGCGAGCACGACUUCUCGGCCUUCUAG